AGGCAGCAGAGGCAGCAGAGGAUUCAUUGGGUGCUUCUGAAUUUUCAGGGUCCAUCUCUUAGCGCGGAACUGGUUCCGAUAACCGGGGUGGAGCAUAGGAAGAAAGCUAACCUUAAGAAACAACGUCAUUCUUGCGAUGCCACUUUCUCCCCCCCAAUUCUUAAACAGUAACCAAUUUUUUUAUAACAGACAGUCAAACUAAAGCAAACAUGUUUACCGGACUAGUCGAGGAAAUAGGAGUGGUCGCCGAGCUGAACCCCCACGAUGAGACCGGCGGCACCUCCCUCACCAUCAGCCUCCCCGCCUCCUCGAAGCUGCUCGAGGGCGCGCUGCUCGGCGACAGCAUAUCCGUCAACGGCGUGUGCUUAACCGCUACCGACAUCCACUUCGAUAACAGCGAUACGACGACCGCGCCGCCCAGCUUCAAAGUGGGCAUCGCCCCCGAGACCCUGCGCCUAACGAACCUAGGCUCCCUGGCAACAGGCUCGGGCGUGAACCUCGAGCGCGCGGUGCGCGCAGACACGCGGAUGGGGGGCCACUUCGUGCAGGGGCACGUGGACACGACGGCCUCGAUCGCGCAGAUAUCCGCCGACGGCAACGCGCUGACGUUCCGCCUCGCGCCGCGCGCCCUCGACGUCCUGCGCUACGUCGUGCACAAGGGGUACGUCGCGCUCGAUGGCACCAGCCUCACCGUCACCGCCGUCAACGACGCCGAGGGCUGGUUCGAGGUCAUGCUCAUCGUGUACACCCAGCAAAAAGUGGUGCUGGCGCGCAAGAAGGUGGGGGAGAGCGUUAAUCUCGAGGUUGAUGUGCUCGCGAAGUACGCGGAGAAGUCGAUGGCGGGGUAUCUGGGCGCGCAGGGCGAGAUGCUGGUUAAGCCGAUUCUGGAGGGCAUGGUGGAGAAUUUGGUUGCGCAGGCUAUGGGGGGGCAUGCUUCGUAGAGAGGCAAGGGAAUGGUCUCUUUCAGCUCAUCUUUCACGAUAUAUAAGCACUUAACCUAGGUAUGUGAUGUGCAUGAGGUAGGUAGGUAGGCAGGUAAAAAAGGAGCUACGCUGGGAUGGAUAGGAAUAUUGCACCUGGUAGCCAAAACGUAGGUAGUGUUAUACCUGGUAUAAACGUCAUAGACCGUUCAAGUGAUGAAAACUUCCUAGGUGUUAUCGCCAUGAUAAAUAAGUCAUGAUCACCGGGAGUGAUGGUUCAAAGUGUCGGGGAGUAGAAGCCUCCGAUGCUUCUGACUUUAUCUUACUAGAUGAGAGAAAACCC